AUGCGCUGCUGCAGGCUGGCUGCUCGCGGAUCCUUCUUCCGGCCUCCUCCUUGGGCCGGCACCGGCAGAAGCCGGGCGAGCGCGGAGCCCCAAGCGAGUGACCUGCGACCCCGGAAGUGGACCCCAGAUCCCGGGGUUCUCCCCGGCCGGGAGCCUAGGGAGCCGUUGCCUGCACCCUGAGAGCACCCACCCCACGCCCACCUCUGGAUGCUGCCGACGGGUGCCCAGCCCGUGCCCCGCGCCUGCCUGCCAACUCGGCCCCGCGGAGCAGUUCUGGGCCAGGGGUGGGGACCCGGACCCCGCCCCUAAUGCGGCCCCACCCCCGCGCCCGGACCUUCCACUGCUGACUGUCCCGGCCGGCCCCGCCCCCUGCCCGCACACUCGCGCGGCCGAGCCCCCCUCCCCCGCUGGGGGAGGCCAUGGCGUGAGCGUGAGGCCGGGCCCCGGGGCCCUCGGGCGCCAGGCGGGGCAUGGGCCGGGGGCCGCCCCCAUGAGGGUCCCGGGAGGGGGGCACGCGCAGAAGCGGCGGGGCCAUGGGGUCGCAAGUGUUGCAGAUCCUGCGCCAGGGGGUGUGGGCCUCGCUCACCGGCGGUUGGUUCUUCGACCCGCACCAGAGCACCUUCUCCAACUGCUUCCACCUCUAUGUCUGGAUCUUCUUGCUCAUCUUUCCCUUCUUGCUGUACAUGGUCCUGCCUCCCAGCUUGAUGGUGGCCGGCGUGUACUGCCUCGUGGUGGCUGUCAUCUUUGCUACUAUCAAGACCGUCAACUAUCGGUUGCAUGCCAUGUUUGACCAGGGCGAGAUCGUGGAGAAGCGAGGCACUACCAUGGGGGAGCUGGAGGAAGAGCCUGCCCAGGGCGACAGCAAUCCGCCCAGGGACCCCGGAGUGGAGAUGACGGUGUUUCGGAAAGUCAGUUCCACACCCCCAGUGCGCUGCAGUUCCCAGCAUUCUGUGUUUGGUUUCAACCAGGUCUCGGAGCUGCUUCCCCGAAUGGAGGACUCUGGGCCCCUAAGAGACAUCAAGGAGCUGGUGCGGGAGCAGGGCAGCAACAAUGUGAUCGUGACCUCCGCCGACCGAGAGAUGCUAAAGCUCAGCUCGCAGGAGAAACUGAUUGGAGACCUUCCCCAGACGCCUCCUGGGGCUGUCGUGGACCCCUCUCUUCCCAGUACAGACUCUUCAGAGCCUUCCCCCCUGGCUGGAGAUGGAGUGCCCUGGAGUGGGAGCGGCAUGGCUGAUACUCCCAUGAGCCCCCUGCUGAAGGGGAGCCUCAGCCAGGAGCUGAGCAAGAGCUUCCUGACCCUGACCCGGCCUGACCGGGCCCUGGUGAGGACCAGCAGUCGACGGGAACAACGCAGGGGGGCAGGCGGCUACCAGCCCCUUGACCGGCGGGGCUCAGGGGAACCCACGCCCCAGAAAGCCGGCUCCUCAGACUCCUGCUUCAGUGGCACUGACAGGGAGACACUGAGCAGCUUUAAGAGUGAGAAGACCAACUCCACCCAUCUGGACAGCCCCCCAGGGGGGCAAGCCCCUGAGGGCAGCGACACAGACCCACCCUCUGAGGCUGAGCUGCCUGCCUCACCAGAUGCUGGGGUCCCUUCAGAUGACACGCUGCGUUCCUUUGACACGGUCAUUGGAGCAGGGACGCCACCGGGCCCAGCUGAGCCGCUCCUGGUUGUGCGGCCCAAGGACUUGGCCCUGCUGCGGCCUAGCAAACGGCAACCACCCCUUCAAAGACACUCUCCACCUGGCCAUGCCCCUCGACGGCCCUUGCUUGAAGGUGGGGGCUUCUUUGAGGAUGAAGAUACGAGUGAGGGCAGUGAACUGAGCCCAGCCUCUAGUCUCCGAUCGCAGCGCCGCUACAGUACUGACAGCUCCUCUUCUACUUCCUGCUAUUCCCCUGAGAGCUCCCGGGGUGCAGCAGGGGGGCCCCGGAAGCGGAGGGCCCCCCAUGGGGCUGAGGAGGGGACUGCUGUGCCCCCCAAGCGGCCAUAUGGGACCCAGCGGACGCCUAGCACCGCCAGCGCUAAAACACAUGCCCGUGUGUUGAGCAUGGAUGGGGCUGGGGGUGAUGUCCUGAGGCCCCCCCUGGCUGGCUCCAAGGCCGAGUUGGAGGCCCAGGUUGGGGUAGAGCAGGCCGCUGGUGAGCCUGCUGUGCUGCCUGCUGAGGCCCGAAGGGGACCCGCUGCCAACCAGCCUGGCUGGCGAGGGGAGCUGCAGGAGGAAGGUGCCGUGGGGGGAGCGGCCGAGGAGACUGGCAGGAGGGACCGCUCAAGCAGUGUGAGGCGGACCCAGGCCAUUCGGAGACGCCACAAUGCGGGCAGCAACCCCACCCCUCCAGCCUCCAUCAUGGGCUCGCCGCCCAGCAGCCUGCAGGAGGCUCAGCGGGGCCGGGCUGCCUCCCACUCCCGGGCGCUGACGCUGCCCUCUGCGCUGCAUUUCGCCUCUUCACUGUUGCUCACCCGGGCCGGUGCCAAUGUGCACGAGGCCUGCACCUUUGAUGACACCUCUGAGGGUGCCGUGCACUAUUUCUAUGAUGAAAGUGGUGUGCGGCGCUCCUACACCUUUGGCUUGGCUGGAGGUGGCUACGAGAACCCCGUGGGGCAGCAAGGGGAGCAGGCAGCCAACGGAGCCUGGGACCGUCACUCGCAUUCCUCCAGCUUCCACUCAGCUGAUGUCCCUGAGGCCACAGGUGGCCUGAACCUGCUGCAGCCUAGGCCUGUGGUUCUACAGGGCAUGCAGGUGCGCCGGGUGCCCCUGGAGAUCCCAGAGUUUGACCUGCUGGACCAGGACUCCCUGCACGAAUCCCAGGAGCAGACGCUGAUGGAAGAAGCGCCACCCCGGGCCCAGCAUAGCUACAAGUACUGGCUUCUCCCUGGCCGAUGGACCUCUGUGCGCUAUGAGCGGCUCGCCCUGCUGGCUCUGCUGGACCGGACGCGGGGGGUGCUGGAGAACGUCUUCGGCGUGGGCCUGAGCAGCCUCGUGGCCUUCCUGGGCUACCUGCUGCUGCUCAAGGGCUUCUUCACCGACAUCUGGGUCUUCCAGUUCUGCCUGGUCAUCGCCUCCUGCCAGUACUCCCUGCUGAAGAGUGUCCAGCCUGAUGCGGCGUCCCCCAUGCAUGGCCACAACUGGGUGAUCGCGUACAGCCGGCCCGUCUACUUCUGCAUCUGUUGUCUGCUCAUCUGGCUGCUGGACGCCCUGGGCUCCACUCAGCCCUUCCCACCCGUCUCCCUCUACGGCCUCACGCUCUUCUCCGCCUCCUUCUUCUUCUGUGCCCGAGAUGUGGCCACUGUGUUCACCUUGUGCUUCCCCUUCGUCUUCCUCCUGGGCCUCCUGCCCCAGGUCAACACCUGCCUCAUGUACCUGCUGGAGCAGAUAGAUAUGCACGGCUUCGGGGGCACAGCUGCCACCAGCCCGCUCACUGCAGUCUUCAGCCUCUUCCGAAGCCUGCUGGCCGCUGCCCUGCUCUAUGGCUUCUGCCUUGGGGCCAUCAAGACUCCAUGGCCGGAGCAGCACGUCCCUGUCCUCUUCUCCGUCUUCUGUGGCCUCCUGGUGGCGCUGUCCUACCACCUGAGCCGGCAGAGCAGUGACCCCACCGUGCUCUGGUCUCUGAUCCGGAGCAAGCUCUUCUCUGAGCUAGAGGAGCGCAGCCUGGAGACAGCCCGGGCCGAGCCCCCGGACCCCCUGCCGGACAAGAUGCGUCAGUCGGUGCGUGAGGUCCUGCACUCCGACCUGGUGAUGUGUGUGGUGAUUGCCGUGCUCACCUUCGCCAUCAGCGCCAGCACUGUCUUCAUUGCCCUGAAGUCGGUGCUGGGUUUCGUGUUGUAUGCGCUGGCUGGGGCCGUGGGCUUCUUCACACAUUACCUGCUGCCACAACUCCGCAAACAGCUGCCCUGGUUCUGCCUGUCACAGCCUGUGCUGAAGCCGCUGGAGUACAGCCAGUACGAAGUGCGUGGUGCCGCCCAGGUGAUGUGGUUUGAGAAGCUGUACGCUGGCCUGCAGUGCGUAGAGAAGUACCUCAUCUACCCCGCCGUGGUGCUCAAUGCCCUCACGGUGGACGCCCACACAGUCGUCAGCCACCCGGACAAGUACUGUCUCUACUGCCGGGCCCUGCUGAUGACUGUGGCUGGGCUGAAGCUAUUGCGCUCGGCCUUCUGCUGCCCACCCCAGCAGUACCUGACACUGGCCUUCACUGUCCUGCUCUUCCACUUCGACUACCCACGCCUCUCCCAGGGCUUUCUGCUUGACUACUUCCUCAUGUCCCUGCUUUGCAGCAAGCUGUGGGACCUGCUGUACAAGCUGCGUUUCGUGCUGACCUACAUCGCGCCCUGGCAGAUCACCUGGGGCUCGGCUUUUCACGCCUUUGCCCAGCCCUUUGCUGUGCCCCACUCGGCCAUGCUGUUCGUCCAGGCCCUGCUCUCGGGGCUGUUCUCCACGCCACUCAACCCACUGCUGGGCAGUGCCGUCUUCAUCAUGUCCUAUGCUCGGCCCCUCAAGUUCUGGGAACGUGACUACAACACUAAACGCGUGGAUCAUUCCAACACCCGCCUGGUCACACAGCUGGACCGGAACCCUGGCGCUGAUGACAAUAACCUCAACUCCAUCUUCUAUGAGCACUUGACACGUUCUCUGCAGCACACGCUUUGUGGGGACCUGGCGCUGGGCCGCUGGGGCAACUAUGGCCCUGGCGACUGCUUCGUCUUGGCCUCCGACUACCUCAACGCCCUGGUACACCUCAUCGAGGUUGGCAAUGGCCUUGUCACCUUCCAGCUGCGUGGCCUUGAGUUCCGGGGCACUUACUGCCAGCAGCGCGAGGUGGAGGCCAUCACGGAGGGUGUGGAGGAGGACGAGGGCUGUUGCUGCUGCGAGCCCGGCCACCUGCCUCGGGUCCUGUCCUUCAAUGCUGCCUUUGGGCAGCGCUGGCUGGCCUGGGAGGUGACAGCCAGCAAGUAUGUGCUGGAGGGCUACAGCAUUAGUGACAACAACGCCGCCUCCAUGCUACAGGUUUUCGACCUCCGCAAGAUUCUCAUUACCUACUACGUGAAGAGCAUCAUCUACUACGUGAGCCGCUCACCAAAGCUGGAGGCGUGGCUCAGCCACGAGGGUAUCUCGGCAGCCCUGCGGCCUGUGCGUGCUCCUGGCUAUGCCGACUCAGAUCCCACCUUCUCACUGAGCGUGGAUGAGGACUAUGACCUUCGCCUGUCUGGCCUUUCGCUGCCCUCCUUUUGCGCGGUUCACCUCGAGUGGAUCCAGUACUGCGCCUCCCGGCGCAGCCAGCCUGUGGAGCAGGACUGGAACUCCCCGCUGGUCACGCUGUGUUUUGGCCUGUGUGUGCUGGGCCGCCGGGCCCUAGGGACGGCAUCUCACAGCAUGUCUGCAAGCCUGGAGCCCUUCCUCUACGGCCUACAUGCCCUGUUCAAGGGAGACUUUCGCAUCACCUCCCCACGUGACGAGUGGGUCUUUGCUGACAUGGACCUGCUUCACCGCGUUGUGGCACCUGGGGUUCGCAUGGCCCUCAAGCUUCACCAGGACCACUUCACGUCCCCAGAUGAAUAUGAGGAGCCCGCAGCCCUAUACGAUGCUAUUGCAGCCAACGAGGAGCGGCUGGUCAUCUCACAUGAGGGUGACCCGGCCUGGCGCAGUGCCAUCCUCAGCAACACGCCCUCCUUGCUGGCGCUGCGCCAUGUCCUGGACGAUGCCUCGGAUGAGUACAAGAUCAUCAUGCUCAACCGGCGCCACCUCAGCUUUCGAGUCAUCAAGGUGAACCGGGAAUGCGUGCGUGGUCUGUGGGCCGGGCAGCAGCAGGAGCUGGUGUUCCUGCGCAACCGAAACCCUGAGCGUGGUAGCAUCCAGAACGCCAAGCAAGCGCUUCGAAACAUGAUCAACUCCUCCUGUGACCAGCCGCUGGGCUACCCCAUCUAUGUGUCGCCUCUCACCACCUCACUGGCUGGCAGCCACCCCCAGCUGCGGGCGCUGUGGGGUGGCCCCAUCAGCCUGGGUGCCAUUGCCCGCUGGCUCCUGCGCAGCUGGGAAAGGCUUCACAAGGGCUGCGGCGCUGGCUGCAAUAGUGGCGGGAACGUGGAUGACUCAGACUGUAGUGGGGGCGGUGGCCUGACCUCCCUCAGCAAUAACCCUCCUGUUACACACCCCACGCCUGAGAACACGGCAGGCAAUGGUGACCAACCCCUCCCACUAGGCCCUGGCUGGGGGCCUCGGCCCUCCCUGAGUGGCUCUGGUGAUGGGCGCCCCCCUCCUCUGCUGCAGUGGCCUCCCCCUCGGCUCCCUGGACCCCCCCCUGCAUCGCCUACCCCCACAGAGGGUCCCCGGACCUCACGACCCCCUGGUCCUGGUCUCCUCGGUUCUGAGGGUCCUAGUGGGAAGUGGAGCCUGGGGGGCCGGAAGGGCCUGGGAGGAUCUGAUGGGGAGCCAGCCUCAGGGAGCCCCAAAGGAGGUACCCCCAAAUCUCAGGCGCCUCUAGACCUCAGCCUCAGCCUCAGCCUCAGCCUCAGCCCGGAUGUCAGCACUGAGGCCUCGCCCCCAAGAGUUGCCCAGGACAUUCCUUGCUUGGACAGCAGUGGCCCUGAGAGUGGCACACCUACAGGCGCCCCAGGCGACUGGCCUGCCCAUGCUGAGGAGCGGGAAAGUCCGGCAGCCCAGCCCCUGCUGGAACACCAGUACUGAGCCACCUGGCACCCACUGGACCUCCUGUUAGGCCUCAGUAGUGGACAUGCUCUGCUGCCUCUGGCCCUCUCUGCUGGACCACAGAAUUGAGUGGCUUUGACUUCCACAUCUGAACCCUGACCUCUGGCUACCUUGGCCAGAGAACCAAAACUGAAUGACCCAUACCUCUGACCUUGACCCCUGAUCUCUCUCAUCCCCAGUCCAGGGCCUGGGCUCCCCAGAUGGAGGCAGGCAGCCUCCCAGCCAGGCCCUAAGAGCCAAACCAUGGGCUGGUCCCACUUGGAGCCCGUGGCCAGUACCACCUGAGCCCCUGGGCCUGCACUGCCUGCAGGAGUGGCCCCCUUGGCCUGGACCUGGGGCCUGAAGUGUGGGAAGGGUGGUUUCUUGGUUUCUUUCUU